AUGGCCGUACCGGUUGCCCGCGUGCACCUCAAGGUGGCACACGCAGCUCUCCCGGCGCUGCACCCGACCCCGCCCAAGUGGAAGAUGCUACCGCUACUCCCGAUGCCGUGCCUCGCCGCCAUCCUCCCAAUCCCAAAGCCGUUCACCAAGCCCAGCCGCGCCGACUCCGACGAGAGGUGGGACGCGCACAAGGCCAAGCCGGCCAGCACAGAAUCCUCAGCCUCAUCAAGCCCUCGUUCCGCCGACAGCGUGAGCAGCGCCGGACGUGGAUCCUCCCGCAAUAGCGCGAUCUCGCCGCCCAAGCCCGGCCGGGCCGACUCCGCUGAGCGAUGGGACGCGCACAAAAAGGCGGCAAUCCCAGCUUCUUCGUCGUCGUCGUCUUCAGGCACCUCUUCCCUCGUAAGUAGCAGCAAGUGGCCGAUCAGCCACUCGUCAUCGUCUGGAGAGCGCUGGGACGUGCACAAGAAGCGCUGCCAGCAGCAGGCCGAGUUGCUCGACGAUGGCGAGAGCAGCAGUACUGGCAGUGGCAGCAACGACAUGGACGCGGAGGAGGAGGAGAUACUAUGGAAGCCGCGGGCCAUGUAUGCUGGACCGGGCUUCGCCGUCGCCGCGCCGGAGCCUGGCAUGCUUCCCAUGCCGACAUCGUUCUUGGUUCCCGUUGCUAGCGCUGCACUCCAUCGAUCGGAUCAGGACUCAGGCCGCUCGUUUCUUUACCUACCGAAGCAAGUGUGA